CCAUAUAUCCCCUACAUCACGAUAAAUGCCACUGUUCCCAAUUGGGAUCAAAAGCCACGGCUGUAUUUUCACCCUCUGUCUUCAUACCACCCCAAUGCUUCGAGUCCAGUCCUGCAGACGUCAGGGUUAGAUAAAACCCCUGUGAAAUGGCCCCAGGAGAGGGAUGUGGACCCAGAAGAGGAAUGUGGACCCCAAAGCCCCCUCAGCACCGCAGGCCUAACAGUGGGGUGAGGACAGAAUGCCCUCUCAGUCUUCAACUGUGCCCCAAAGUGGAGCAUUUCCCCCUUGGAGUCAAUGUGGGGACACCCAGAGAUGCUCAUCCCCAUCUCCCCUCGGGGAAGGAGGGGCACCCGAAGCCCCAUCCCUGCUUCCCUGUCGCUUUAAGUCCCGGCUGUGCGUUUUCCACGUGGAGAUUUUUUCCUUUUCUCCUUUUAUCCCUCCCUUCUUCCCCUGCCCGGACUAUGGGGCCAGCACAGGGUCGGAUGGGGAUGAGUGCCCGAGCGGGGCUCACUCCGGCACUGGGCGCCACCGUGGGGACCGAAGUGACCCCCGGGUCCCCCCACAGCUGCGUGCCCCCCGUUUCUUUCUUUCCCCGUCCUUCCCUCUGCGCUCCUCCCUUCUCCCCGCAGGGACUGGAAAUACCAGAGUUGAUGUCAUAGGCAGCGGUUCGCCAGGACGGGAAGCUCAGCCCAGCCUCCCCCUGCUGCGUCCCCGUGUCCUAUGGCUCUGUGUGGGGAUGCGGGGAUGUGGGGUCAUGGGGUUGCUCCCCAGCUCCCCAGCCCUGCACACAACCAGGUUGCGGGCACACAACCCCACAGCCGGCUUACCCCCCUCGGCUGUCCUCAGACCCCCCCUUGACUCCAAUACCCCAUACCUGGGUGUCCCACACGGCUCGCUGCCCCCUCCCCAAGCACGAAGGAGCACCGAGCAGUGCCAGCAGCUCCGCCACGUCAUCCACGAGACAACACUGUGGCAUUGGAGACACCAUCCCCAUCUCCUUCACUGGGGGACACAGGACCCCACCCCACAUCCCCCAGUGGGGUGGCCACGUGCCCGUCCCCAAGCAGGACCCUGGGCCACUAGUGGAGGUAGUGACACUGCAGCAUGGGGGGGCCAGCACCCACUAGAUGGUGCCAGCAGCCCACGCUUGGGUGGGGACAGCCACCCCCUUGGUGUCCCACUUGUCCCCUUCUCAUCUCUUUUACCUCUCCCCGUAUAACCAAACCGGCUGCAAGGAUCACCACUUCUGCACCAUUUCCCCAUCGAUGUGGUUUCUGGCGCGGUUCGGAUCGAUGCUUGCUUAAACUCUUAGGGUUUCCCAGUAUCACGGAACUGCGCCAGGCUCCCCUCCAACCUCUGCAUCCUCACUCAGGCAAAAAGAAGUGCCGAUUUCAUUUAAAAAAGGACUUUCCCCUCGGUUUUAAUGCAAGACUCGGUGGUUUCCAACCCUCCUCCCAGCUGGCACCUGGGGGCUUCCCAUUCCUCCCAGCAUCCGCCCGAUGCUCGCCCAUGGGAGGGACCAAAAGCCAAUGGUGACAGCAUCUGAGGGUCACUAUGGGGAUUCAGGGAGGUCCUCCAACCUUCAUUUCUUUCUGCAGUACAUCACCUCCAUUUUGCCCGCGGGAGGAAUCCGUGCUGCUGAGCGUGGUGGCUGCUUGCUCCGGAGCGUUUAUCUCCUUGGACUGUUGGUUAGAGCAAAGCCUCAGGAGGAGCAAGGCCAUACACCUGCCAGCUACCCAAGAGCGAUCCCAAGAAGCUUGGAGAGUACUGAUAGAGGAGAACUCCAUCUCUCCAGAAACCUCACCACUUCCAAAUGUAUUAAUGGAAAAAAUAAUGAGAAUUAGUGAAAAAUGAAAAAAAAAAAAAUAAAAUAAGGCUCUUUCCUAGUUAUUUAACAUAGGAAGGAAAAUCUCCAGAAAUCACCACGUCAUUCCUCACCACGUCCACCACAUUUGGUCAUCUCAGCACUGAUACACACAGAGGGUCCCAGAGCUCCUUCCAGACAGACCCUCACCUUGGGCACAGGACCAGAAGUGAAUUCAGCACCUUGCAGGUCUGGGGGAUGAGCUCGGCAGGGACAUGACUCUUAAAAGUGGAGCCAGAGAGAUGGGGACUUGUACGUGUUGAGCGGCGGUGGCUCAGAAGAGGCCAUCACAUAGCUGUGUGCUCGGGGAAAAGGGCUGAGCUCAAAACAUUCUAAUGACAUUUAAGCUUUUGUCUCCUUCUCAGCAUCCACGUUUGUCCAGUUCUACCUUGGAUCUGCACCUCUGACUCGAGAGCUGAAUUAUGUGUGGUGCAAACAAGUCCUGCCUUUGUUUUAAGACUUCUUUCACCUGAUGUCUUCUGUUUCUCACAUUGUAAGGAAGAAUAAUUGCUCCUUGCUUGCCCUUCCCUGCUGCUCAGGUUUUUAUAGACCUCUGCCACAGCUCCCAUCUGUCAUCCCUCUCCUAUGCUGAUAAGCACCAGGUUAUUUAACUUUCCUCACACAAAGCUGUUUCCACCCCUCUGGUCUCCUUUGACACCCCUCUAAAUUGUCACCUAGGGAGAUCUGAUGUCUCAAUGCAGCAGCUUGGAGCCACCAGACACGCACAAGAAAUACACAAACAAUGCCCCACGUCUGGCUGAAACCUCUGGAAGUGAAAAUCUGAUUAGUCCCACUUUUAACCAUCUCACACCUACCCAGACCAGUCUUCCAGGCAGUGAUCUGGAAGCCUGACUUCUUAAAAUGGCACGUCUUGAAUCACCAAGCCACUCUUAACUGCUCUCCGUGAUGAGUUCUGCUCAGCUGUCAUGCUCUCCUGUCUUCUGCUUCCCAGAAACCAUGAAAAAGUCAGAGAAAAACAUAUACAUAAUAAAUUCAUGAUGGAUUUCCAAGGA